CAACGCUCCAGCAUCUAAGUACAUAAAGCCUGUGUCUGCUGGUCUGUUGAGGUGCUCGAGUUUUCUCUUUAUCUAAACGAUAUAUUACAUAAAACAGUACAUUAGUUUCCUUGUUGUAUAUACCAGGAAUUAGACUCGGCCUGUUACAUCCCGGGAAUUUAGACCCUGCAGACCCUGAACCCUAGAGUUGGGUACACACCUACUUAUUACUUCCCAGGACAACUUGUCCCUAAACCGCACGCAAACAGGCGCAAUCAUUGCUGCUGCUGCACAAACAAGCUCACAGCUGAUACAAUCAUGGACCGAACUGGAGCAUCACGAAUUGCCAACACAGGGCGUCUCGGCAUUACUCGCCACCCGGGUCUUGCUCUCGCAGCCGUCGCCGCCACAGGCAUCAUAGCUGCUGUUAGAUACCAGCAAUCCGCUAUCACCCGUAACGAGAAAGCACAGAAGAGCUCUGCUGAGAAUUUCUACGUUAGUGUCGAUCGAAGUGGCGGCGGGAUCUAGAUAAUUGAGGGAAAGUCGGGAGUAGAAUACAGUAUGGUACGAAUCAAGGAAGACACGUUGGAGAGACAUGAAGGAACGAGCUUUAUGUCUUAUGAUAGAUUAGGGAGUUCAGUUGGCUUCAAAGUUGGACUCAUAAUUGUGUCUAGGUGCGUGUUGAGUGAUAUUGGUUGAUGUUUCUGAUACUUCAUAUCAUGUUAGAUGCUGUGUGGUUAGAAUGGUGAAAGACAAAAACAACCAUAAAGAAAAGCAACUCUCAUAGCUUGUUAAUCGUGUUCCUUAUUGCGAAUAAUCAUCAACCUCGGCAACCG